AGAGAGAGAGAGAGAGAGAGGAAAAAGACAGAGAAAGAGUACGUUGGGAGUAAACCUCUUGGGAGAGCUUUAUUAUCUGCUGCCUUUUCCUUCUCUCUCUUCCUCAAUCAUCAUCGUCAUCGUCUUCUUCGCCUCCCCACUUCGAGCUACUCCACUCUUUUCUUUGAGGUUUCGUUUGGUUUUCGCUUAAUCGGCUACGCUGCUUCCCAUCGUAGUAUAUGUGCGCCUGACUGCUUCACAUCCGUACGUGGUGAGCGUCCGAUCUCCGGAGUCCAAAUGGGGAGCGUGUCGGAGGAAGAAGACGACAGGUACGGCUCCGACCAGGAGCAGAGCGAGCGGUGCGGGAGUUACAGCUUGAGCGCUGACGUCAGCGAGUCCGAGAGCUGCAGUAGCUUCUCGUCACGGCGGUUCGACGCUGAGGUCGGCGCUUCCAGCUCCAUGACUUCUUCCCCCCGUCCCGUUGCCGGGAAUUUCGGCUUCACGGCGCCGAUGAUGCUGCCUGUGAUUGGAGGCAAGGAUGUGGUGCUUUGGGAUCAGAAGCCUGAGAAACGGGAAACUGAUUUUUCAGAGGUUGAGAUGAUGAAGGAGAGAUUUGCGAAGCUUCUUCUCGGAGAAGAUAUGUCUGGAGGAGGGAAGGGGGUGUGCACUGCCCUCGCAAUCUCAAAUGCCAUUACCAAUCUCUCUGCUACUGUGUUUGGUGAAUUGUGGAGGUUAGAGCCACUGGCGCUGCAGAAGAAGGCAAUGUGGCGCCGAGAGAUGGAGCUGCUCUUAUGCGUAAGCGAUUCCAUAGUUGAACUCGUGCCUUCAAUACAACAGUUCCCUGGUGGAGGCACAUACGAAGUCAUGGCGACAAGGCCGCGCUCGGAUUUGUACAUGAAUCUACCUGCACUUAAAAAGCUUGAUGCAAUGCUGCUUAGUAUGCUUGAUGGGUUUUGUGAUACCGAAUUUUGGUACGUUGAUAGGGGGAUAGUUGUGGGUGAAACAAAUGAUUGUGAUGCUAUUAGAUCCUGUGGUGGUAGGCCUUCAGUUCGGCAGGAAGAGAAGUGGUGGCUGCCCUGUCCAAAAAUACAGCCAUGUGGGCUGUCUGAAGAUGCAAGGAAGAGAUUGCAACAGUGUAGGGACUGUGCAAACCAGAUACUGAAGGCGGCCUUGGCAAUUAAUAGUAGUGUGCUAGCUGAGAUGGAGAUCCCCAGUGCUUACUUGGAGACUUUACCCAAGAGUGGAAAAACAUGUCUUGGUGAAAUAAUUCAUCGCUACAUAACUGCUGAUCAGUUCUCAUCAGAAUGUCUACUUGAUUGCUUGGACCUUUCAUCUGAGCAUCAUACUCUGGAGAUAGCUAACAGGAUAGAGGCAGCAAUCCAUUUCUGGAAGCAAAAGGACCAGAGGAAACACAAAAAUCGCAUGAAAUCUAGGCGCUCAUCUUGGGGUGGCAAAGUCAAGGGCCUUGUAGCUGAUGUUGAUAAGAAUAUUUUUUUGGCCCAAAGAGCAGAGACCCUCUUACAGAGCUUGAGGCUUCGUUUCCCUGGCCUCCCACAAACUGCACUGGAUAUGAACAAGAUCCAAUACAAUAAGGAUGUUGGGCAGUCAAUUCUUGAAAGCUACUCAAGGGUGAUGGAAAGCUUGGCAUUUAACAUAAUAGCCAGGAUAGAUGACGUCCUCUAUGUAGAUGAUGCGACCAAGCAAUGUGCUGUAGAAGAAUCGAUGUCCAUCUUCAACAGGGGAGGUCUAGGGGGUCUUCCUAUUCAGAAACGACUGUCUCCUAGCCCCUUCUCGAUCCACCAGUCCCCAUAUGGCUCGCCAUUUGCAACUCCAACCUUCUGUUCUUCCACUCCAGUAAUGGGAAGCCCUGGGAGAGAUUCUUCCUCUCUUAGGAGGACCACUCUCAAGGAGCCAACCGAGCCGAAAUCAGAAAAAAUGGUUGCUGCCGAUUUUGAAAGGGUUUGGUCAUAUGCUGGGAACCUCAGUGCAAGAAGGGUUCCCGGAACUGCUCCGGAGCGAGAUUGA